CCUAGUGAGGAGACUGUCUGAAAACACGUACACAUCUCGACUCGCCCUACCGCACGGGCUCUGUCUCCGCGUAGAAAAAAAAAAAAAAAAGUUUGGAGCGCUCAGGCUCAGCAGUGCCACGCAGUGAGAGAGGCCCGCCGAGUCGACUUCUUUUUUGUUUUUUUUUGGAGCGACCUUGGAAAGAAAGGGAAAGUCAAAACAAGGGGCAACCGCCAUAACCAUCAGCAGAAAAACUCACAACGUGAAGAAGGAAUAGCUUAGCAACAGAGUCCCACUUCCUGAGGUGUAAAGGAUCAAGCUCCUAACACCACGGAUAUGGACUCGCAGCCACAAGGACAGCAAGCAGCCGUGCCAGUGUUCCAACCCCAGAAACCGCUGCAGCCAGAUAUGGGCCAUAAUUCACUGGCUAACUUCCAAAUUGAGAAGAAGAUUGGUCGUGGGCAGUUCAGUGAAGUGUACCGGGCGAGGUACCUGCUAGACAACACAUCAGUGGCCCUGAAGAAGGUUCAGAUAUUCGACUUGAUGGAUGCCAAGGCUCGGCAAGAUUGCAUCAAAGAGAUAGAUCUCCUUAAGCAAUUGAACCACCCCAAUGUGAUAAAGUACCAUGCAUCUUUUAUUGAGGACAAUGAGCUAAACAUAGUCCUGGAGUUAGCGGAUGCCGGGGACCUCUCACGUAUGAUCAAGCACUUUAAGAAGCAGAGGAGGCUUAUCCCAGAGAGAACAGUGUGGAAGUACUUUGUCCAACUCUGCAGUGCGCUCGAACAUAUGCACUCCCGAAGAGUCAUGCACAGAGAUAUCAAACCAGCCAAUGUAUUCAUCACAGCCACAGGAGUAGUGAAACUAGGAGACUUGGGACUGGGACGAUUCUUCAGCUCCAAAACAACCGCCGCUCAUUCGCUAGUGGGUACUCCGUACUACAUGUCACCAGAGAGGAUACAUGAAAACGGAUACAACUUCAAAUCUGACAUCUGGUCGCUGGGAUGCCUGCUCUACGAGAUGGCAGCCCUACAGAGCCCGUUCUAUGGGGAUAAGAUGAAUCUUUACUCCCUUUGUAAGAAGAUAGAACAGUGUGACUACCCCCCUCUUCCCUCAGAUCACUACUCAGAGGAGCUGAGGAACUUGGUAGAUAUGUGCAUCAACCCCGACCCGGAGAAGAGGCCGGACAUCACCUAUGUGUACGACAUUGCCAAACACAUGCAGAACCUCACACAGGGCAGCUAAGCCCAGAGUUAAACACACUAUAGCUUGCAGAACCCCCCCCCCCCGCGCUUUUCAUGCUGGACUUGUAUACAUCUAUCAGCUUUUAUACAAUAACCUACUCCAGAGUUUAGCUGCUCCUUGUCAUAAGUAGUACGUGUAACAGAUUUUUAUUUACAAGAUGAUGGUACAGUUUAUAACUUGACGGACACCCAAACCUUUUCUUUUCUGCCCUAGGAUAAAGAUUAAAGAGAUUACAAUUAUUUGUCAGAUGGACCUCCCAUUCCUUAGACUUAUAUGUUACAGCUACGAAAAUCAGUGUGUUCUAAUUCACUGAUGCAUUUGUUCCUAUGGCUUUAAAAUGCAUGUCCUCUGUAUUUUCAUGUGGUGAACUGAAGCCAUUCUACAGCAGCUGCUACUAGCAGAUGCUGUUUAAAGCAGAUAUACUGGAAAAUGGUAAAAUCAGCAAAAAAGUUGUAAUUGUAGGUGUUACCUCAAUCCUCAAAAUAUCCAUCAAUGCAAAUACUAUUUAAAAAUUACCUUGUGGGCUUUAAUUGUGUCUAAUGCGACCUAUGGUCACCAAAUGGCACAAGAAAGACCAUAAAAACUUUUACAACGGGUAACAUUGGAGUGAAAAGAUUUUCAAUCAGUGGCAGCAAAACUGAGAGACCUAACCGAGUGUUAUCGAUGUUUGCAGUGUUGUUGUGUUGCACUUUUUUAUCCUGGUAACGGAAGGCUGGCAGGGUGAUCAUGUCUAAUGAAUGUAUUAGGAGAGGAGGGAUCAUCUGGAGGGUAGACUAGCGAUGUGCUUGGGGGAGAACAUGGGCAAAUGUCUCCACAACACUUUGAAUGUAAGUCAUUUUGACACCUAUGUAUUGUCUUUGAGAAAUUCAGAAUGUCUCUUUUCGACAGCCUAGAAGGAGUGGUAGGAGAUGUAACAAAAGCAGUUUUGUAUCUGUUGUUUACCAUAGUCACUGACACCAAAAUAUCUCUUCCUUGGUUCAGUUUAAGGAAGAUAUACUGUUUUUACAUAGUGUGAGUUUUUUUUUUUUUUUUUUUAGGGCCGGUAAAAUCAUAAUGAAGACUUGAAAAAAAUCCAAAAUUAAAACACGUAGUUCUCCAUCAUGGUCCGGUUGACCCACCAGAAUGUUAGUCUGUGUAGACAAACUUUUGUGAUUUUUAAUGUUGCUGUGUAAGUUUGCAGUGUACGUGUCUUGUUGAGGAACAAAUAUGUUAAAGAGAUAGCAGAUGUGUA